AAUCUAGGACAUAUGAUCAUAACCAUCUUCCUUUACACCUAUAAAUACAUAUGAAUUUUUCUAGUUUAUGCAUAACCUCUUCAUUAUAAUUUAUAACAUUUAACAUGUCAAACAUAGUUUUAAAAGACAAGUACAGAUCUAUUUUGCAUGAUGAAGAUGAGAACAUCCAGUGGAGACAUGGUGGCCCUCCCACUUAUGGUCUUGUCAACCAGCUUUUCGAACAAGGAAGAACCAAAGAAUGGCCAGAAGGAUCAUUGGAGGAAAUAGUGCAAAAUGGUAUUAAGUCAUGGGAGAUGGAACUCUCUCACAAGAUCCGGUUGCAGGACUUCAAGACCAUUGUGCCUGAAAAAUUUAAGCUCUUUGUUAAUGGCAGAGAGGGACUAAGUGCAGAGGAAACUCUAAGUUUAGGAAGUUAUAAUGCAUUGUUGAAAAGUUCUUUGCCAGAAAAUUUGAAGCCAUAUAAUUCAAAUGAAGAGACUUUUGAAUCCUCUCAUGAAGUGUUCAAAUCAGCUUUUCCAAGAGGAUUUGCAUGGGAAGUGAUUAAAGUUUACACAGGACCACCUGAAAUUGCUUUCAAGUUUAGGCAUUGGGGAUUCUUUGAAGGUCCAUUCAAAGGACAUGCCCCUAAUGGGAAAAUAGUCCAAUUCUUUGGCUUGGGAACUCUCAAGGUGGAUGAUGCUUUGAAGGUUGAAGAGGUGGAAAUUUACUAUGACCCAGCAGAGUUGCUUGGAGGCCUUCUAUCAAAUGGAGAUAGUACAAAAACUUCACCUUGUCCUUUUUCCAAUUAAUAAAUUAUUUACUAUAAAAUUGCAAGUGAAUAAUAAUAAUAAUAAUAAUAUUUGAUCUUGCUGUAUUUCUAGAAUAAAUUUAUGGGGGCAGAGGAAUUCAUUA